UUUUACGUACAGUUUUAAUCAUAAUAAAUAUUAAACAAAUUAUUGUUUAUUUUAUCGUACAAACUAAUUCAAUAUGGGCGUAAAAUCUAUGGAUAAUUAUUUAGAAAUUUUGAAUGGUUAUGUUUGCGACGAAGAUAAAGUGGUUACAUACAAAUGGCUAAGCAAAGAAUUGGAAGUUCAUGUAAAUAUAGCAAAACAAAUUUUAUGGGAAUUUUGGCAGAAUUAUAAAAAAGAUGAUGACAUAACAUCAACUGUUAUGUUGAUUGGUUAUUUAAAAUCUGGUGGUAUGCGAGUAGAAGUUGUCAAACAAUCAAAUUUAAAUACAGCUAAGGAUAAAUUUAACAAAAUAAUAUCGGAACAUUUAUACAGUGUACAAAAAUCUAUACCUGACUUAGAAUUUCAUUUUAUAAAUGAUGAAGGAGAUGUCAGGUUUAGUGCCAUUAAAUGUAACGAAAGUGUUGAACGUAGUGAUGAAGAAUUGUCAAAUUUAAGAUGGGGAUCACUUUUCAAAGAUCGUCCUGUUCCAAAGAAAACUAAUGUAAAAUCUCCAGACAAUAAACCAGAAAAAGUAAAACCUUCUGAAACUGUUAAACAUAACAAUCAGACAAAUAGAAAAUCAACGGAUAAGAAAACUGUACCCGUUUCACAAAAAACUGGUUUUAAUAAUCUUUUUGGAAAGGUCACUAAUAAAGAAAAUAAUAAUAAACCAUCUACUUCAAAUGAUAUUAAAAAUAAUCAAGAAAUUACACCUGAAAAGACAUCUUCUAAUGAUAAAUCAAAUUCAUCAUUGAAAGAAAAUAAAUUUGUUAAGAAAGAUGAUAAAAAAGGUAUUUCUAGUUAUUUUGGAAAAAAUGCAAAUGUUACAAAAGAUUCUCCUAAAGAAGAAGAAACCAAAAAGGAGCAAACUAAAGAAAAACCUAAUGUUAAAGAUAACGUAAAAGAUAAUAAUGAAAUAAAAGUUAUUUCUACUAAAAUUAACGAUAAAACUGAAAAAGAAAAACGUGGAACUAAACGAAAUCGUAGUAAGGAAUCGAAUAAAAAUACAAUGAAAAAAAGGAAACGUAUAAUCGUAGAAGAUGAUUCGAGUGAUUCUGAAAGUGAAGAUGAAAUUAUGGAAUCAGAUUCAGAACCAGAAAGUACAGAAAUAAUUGAUAUCAAGAAAUCACCUUCUCCUCCUACUCCUCCUCGUGUGAUGAAUAGCAAUGGUAAAGCAAGAAUUCUUAAAGUUGUUGAUCGUACUUACGAAGAGGAUGGUUUUCUAGUAACAAAAAAGGUACACGUAUAUGAGGAUUGUCCAGAAGAUACAACAGAAAUCAAAGAAAAAGAAGAAUCUAUUCAACAUCAAAAAGAUGUUGCUAAAGUACAGACCAAGAAGAAACAAACUACGUUAACUAGUUUCUUUAAAAGAUCCUAAUGUACAUAAUAAAAGUUUAUAUUUAUAUAGGUAAUUAAAUGAUGUAUUUUGAACAA